AUGAAAAUCUCUCUAUUUGGAUUGCUGGAAGCUAACCUGACCAUCUUUGGGAGUUUAUUACUACUGAAUUUGUUUCCAAUUAAAGCUUCUGCAAGUUUUUUGCCACUUGAUACCCCUAUUAUUACUGCUGAUAUGAACGGGAACCACAAUUUUACUGAAAUAUUCCACAAAAUUGAUGAAUUAACGCCAAAAUUCUUAAGUAGGUUACAGACUGCUAUUGAGAUUCCUGCAGUCUCGUCUAACUACAAGUUACGUGAUCAAGUUAUUCAGAAAGGUGAGUUUAUUGCUGAAGAAUUACAGAAACUGGGUUUUACGGAUAUACAAAAGAAAGACUUGGGUUUCCAGACUACUGAGGAUGGUGAGAAGGUCAAGUUGCCUCCAGUAAUUUUUUCUAGGUACGGAUCUGACCCUAACAAGAAGACCCUCUUGGUUUAUUGUCACUACGAUGUCCAGCCUGCUAGCAAGAGUGACGGUUGGAUCACUGAGCCUUUCAAGUUCCAUGUAGACGUUGAAAAGCAAUUGGUUAGAGGCAGAGGUGUUUCUGAUGAUACCGGGCCAUUGACUGGCUGGUUGAACGUUGUUGAAGCAUACCGGGCUUUGAACCUGGAGUUGCCGGUCAACUUGGUAACAUGUUUUGAGGGGAUGGAGGAAUCCGGCUCAUUGGGGUUGGACGAGUUAAUUGCGGAUGAGGCGAACAAAUAUUUCAAGGAUGUUGACAGUGUCUGUAUUACUGACAACACUUGGCUAGGAACGCGCAACCCAGCCUUGACCUACGGUUUAAGGGGAGUCCACUAUUACUCUGCCACGGUACGCGGAGCUGCGGUGGACCUACAUUCCGGGGGGUUCGGAGGUGCGGUUGCAGAGCCAAUGACCGAUUUGAUUGCCGUGUUAAAUAGUUUGGUUGAUGGGAAAGGCAAGAUCUUAAUUGAUGGGAUUGACGCGAUGGUUCCUCCCGUUACAGAUGCUGAGCGCGCGUUAUACGAGAAGAUAGACUACAGCCCAGAAGAAAUGGAAGCUUCGAUUGGUGCCAAUAUUAGUUUGUACGACAACAAGGUGGAUCUUUUGAUGCACAGAUGGAGGUUCCCAUCUUUGUCUAUUCACGGUAUUGAGGGUGCCUUCUCUGAUCCUGGUGAGAAGACUGUUAUCCCAGGCAAAGUUAUUGGUAAGUUCUCAAUUAGAACUGUUAGUAACAUCGAUGACACAAAGCUUGACAAGCUAGUCAUUGAACAUUGUAACAAGGUUUUCAAAUCGUUGAACUCUCCAAACAGCUUCAGCGUUGAAAUCAGAAAUGCGGGGCCCUACUGGCGUUCAGAUCCCUCAAAUGAGGUAUUUGCAUCCGCAGCAAAAGCUAUUAAGGAUGUCUUCCAUAAAGAACCUGAAUAUACUAUGGAAGGUGGUAGUAUACCAAUUACGAUUACUUUCCAAGAAAAGUUGAAAGCACCUGUUUUACUAUUGCCAAUUGGCAGAAUUGAUGAUGGUGCACACUCUACCAAUGAAAAGUUGGAUUUCAGCAACUACUAUGGUGGAAUGAAAGUAAUCGCAGCAUAUAUGCAAUACUAUGCUGAUGCUGCUUAA